AUGGUUGAAGAUUUGCAUUUUUCUUAUGGAAAAAUUUUAUUGUCAGUCUUUACUGGCUCUGUCGGAUUCUGCGUAUAUUUAUACAAAUAUAAACACAAAGUUGCACUUUCAUAUUUUUUAACAGUGGUUUUCUUGUCACUUUUAGGCUUUGGAUUCCACUCGCUGUAUGAGAUUUUAAUGGGUAUUGCUGUUUUUGAUAACUCCAAAAGAGCUUACCACCACCUAGUCAAGGAGCUUAAGUUGGUAGAAGUCGAACUUAAAAAACUCGGAAUCCCUUUUGACAAGUUAAAUAUAAAAUUAAAUGAUUCAAAUGAAGAAUAA